GUCACUGUCAUCAGCAGGUCAACAUGAUAGUAUAUUUGCAUCAGUUUGUGAUGUGUUUAAAGGAAGUUUGGACCAUGCUGAGUGUCACACAGAACUACAUCCUCAUUGUAAACCCGAAACAACACGACUGAGGAAGAGGAAAACUGAUCAUCAACAUGACUGGCUAAAGCAAAGCGAAGGCAAGAAAGCCUAAGAAGAAGGAAGGAAGGAAGGGAGGAAAGAACAAGAAGAAGAAAAAGAAGAAGAGGAAGAGGAGUACAUACACACCCACUGCAGCUCAUCUUCUCAUCUCCACGGCAACUGUGUUCACACACUUGCAGACUUCAGGGAGGAGACCUUGGAGAGCUACAUCACGAGCGUCGGAGGAAGAGAGUUGGAUGGGAAGAGACGAAUGAAACAGCGUCCCCUCAACGCUCAACAUAUUUAGUUCACACGCGCUGACAUUUUGAGUUGGCAGUCAACUCUAUAUGUAACAUCAGCAAGUUAUUAAGCGUCCUUUGUACAUAUUACUCCACUUUAAGACACAUACACACACAGAUACCUCCCCAGCAUCGCCCACCUACGCCCUCACCCAAGCUAAAGAGCGCCUCACCCCUCGCCCUGCAGGACCCCACCUCAGGCAGCUCUGCGUGACUUCCUCUGUCUACCAUCCCUUCAUCCGAGGCUAUGAGAGGAGGAGUCGAAUCCCAGAUCACUCCAUCAUGCCAGUUCUGAAGAGCAGAGAGGAGAUCCGGGCUGGCAAUGUUCAAGGGACGGCAUUUACACUCCUUCACAAUGCUUGUCAGCCUCCACCCUUCUCCCUCCCGUCUUCAGGACAAGCACUUUGUCUCCCCCACUUCCUCCACCCCUCCUCCUCCUCCCCAAGGCCAGUGCUCUCAUCAUCCUUAUCCCCAGCUUCGGCUGACCCUGCCCUUCCUCUCCUGGUCCUUCUCUCUGCUCCUCUUCUCCGUUCUCCUCCUGCCCGUCUGCGAGUCCCGCAGAGGUGGAGGUCCAGGUUCGGGGCCUGGAGGUGCCCAAGGGGGACAAGGCGGCCAGAGGGGAGGCGGCAACCAGAGGGGUGUAAUCAUCCCGCCUCAAUACUCUCCAGCGGUACCGGCUCUCCCCCCCAUCAACCCCAAACUGAUCAACUCUCUCAGCAUAGCGGUCAUCCUGGUGGGCAACUCUAGUGAAGUAACUCUGGGGGCGGGGCUUGAAAAAGAGGACUUCCUGCACAUCCCUUACCCUCCCAAAGUGGAGUUGGUCACCAUGAACGAAACGGACCCUAAGAGCAUCAUCAAUCGGAUCUGCGCACAAAUGACGAGGAAUUCUCUGCAAGGCGUGGUGUUCGGGGACGACACGGACCAGGAGGCCAUCGCCCAGAUCCUCGACUUCAUCUCUGCCCAGACACACAUCCCCAUCCUGGGCAUCCGGGGAGGCUCCUCCAUGGUCAUGGCUGCCAAGGACGACAACUCCAUGUUUUUCCAGUUCGGUCCAUCCAUCGAGCAGCAGGCUUCCGUCAUGUUGAACAUCAUGGAGGAGUAUGACUGGUACAUCUUCUCCAUAGUCACCACAUACUACCCUGGCUACCAGGACUUUGUCAACAAGGUCCGAAGCACCAUCGAUAACAGCUUUGUGGGCUGGGAGCUUGAAGAAGUCUUCUUGCUGGACAUGUCAGUGGACGACGGAGACUCCAAGAUCCAGAACCAGCUGAAGAAACUGCAGAGUCCGGUGAUUCUGCUCUACUGCACCAAGGAGGAGGCUAGCACCAUCUUCGAGGUGGCUCACUCUGUGGGCCUCACGGGUUACGGCUUCACCUGGAUCGUGCCCUCGCUGGUGGCUGGAGAUGCAGACAUCGUCCCUGAUGUCUUCCCAACAGGGCUUAUCUCUGUGUCAUAUGACGAAUGGGACUACAACAUCGAGGCCAGGGUACGUGAUGCAGUGGCUGUCAUCGCCACGGCGACCUCCACCAUGAUGCUGGACCGGGGGCCGCACACCCUGCUGAAGUCCAGCUGCCUCGGGACUCCUGACAAAAAGGGCUCCAACACCGGCCACUCCAAGGAAAUACUGAAGUACCUCAUGAAUGUGACAUUUGAAGGCCGAAACCUGUCAUUUAGCGAAAAGGGUCACCAGAUAUUUCCCAAACUGGUCAUCAUUCUUCUAGAUAAGGACAGACAAUGGGACAGGGUUGGCAAGUGGGAGAGAGGCUCUCUGACGAUGAGGUAUCAUGUGUGGCCUCGCUUCGAGCUGUACUCGGCAGCGGAGGAACGAGAGGACCACCUCUCCAUCGUGACUCUGGAGGAGGCGCCAUUUGUGAUUGUAGAGGACGUGGACCCGCUCAGUGGGACCUGCAUGAGGAACACUGUGCCGUGCCGAAAACAGCUAAAACUAACCAAUCAGACGGGUGAUUCAGGGAUUUAUAUCAAGCGCUGCUGCAAAGGUUUCUGUAUCGACAUCCUGAAAAAGAUCGCCAAGGCGGUCAAAUUCACUUACGACCUCUACCUGGUCACCAACGGCAAGCAUGGAAAGAAGGUCAAUGGGACAUGGAACGGCAUGGUUGGGGAGGUGGUGUUGAAGAAUGCCCACAUGGCAGUGGGUUCCCUCACCAUCAACGAGGAGAGGUCAGAGGUCAUCGACUUCUCUGUGCCUUUCAUUGAGACAGGCAUCAGUGUCAUGGUCUCCCGUAGCAACGGCACUGUGUCCCCCUCCGCCUUUCUCGAGCCCUUCAGCGCUGACGUCUGGGUGAUGAUGUUUGUGAUGUUGCUGUUGGUGUCGGCCGUGGCUGUGUUUGUGUUUGAAUACUUCAGCCCAGUGGGUUACAAUCGCUGCCUGGCAGAUGGGCGAGAGCCCGGCGGUCCCUCCUUCACCAUUGGAAAGGCCAUCUGGCUGCUAUGGGGUCUGGUUUUCAACAACUCCGUCCCUGUGCAGAACCCCAAAGGUACCACCAGUAAGAUCAUGGUGUCAGUGUGGGCCUUCUUCGCUGUCAUCUUCCUUGCCUCCUACACUGCCAACCUGGCUGCCUUCAUGAUCCAAGAGGAGUAUGUGGACCAGGUGUCGGGCCUGUCAGAUAAAAAGUUCCAGAAGCCAAACGAAUUCUCACCGCCGUUCCGGUUCGGCACGGUGCCCAACGGGAGUACAGAGCGCAACAUCCGCAACAACUACCGGGACAUGCACACUUACAUGACCAGCUUCCACCAGAAGAACGUAGAUGAAGCGCUGUACAGUCUGAAGAGCGGCAAGCUGGAUGCCUUCAUCUACGACGCUGCGGUUCUGAACUACAUGGCGGGAAGAGAUGAGGGCUGUAAGCUUGUCACCAUCGGGAGCGGCAAAGUUUUCGCCUCCACCGGCUACGGCAUUGCCAUCCAGAAAGACUCCGGCUGGAAACGAGCCGUGGAUCUGGCCAUCCUCAUGCUGUUUGGAGAUGGUGACAUGGAGGAGUUUGAGGCUCUGUGGCUGACGGGCAUCUGCCACAAUGAGAAAAACGAGGUGAUGAGCAGCCAGCUGGACGUGGACAACAUGGCGGGCGUCUUCUACAUGCUCGGGGCUGCCAUGAUUCUGUCAUUAAUCACUUUCAUCUGUGAACAUUGGUUCUACUGGCAGCUGCGCUUCUGCUUCAUGGGCGUGUGCUCGGGACAGCCCGGGGCCACCUUCACCAUUAGCAGAGGUAUCUGGAGCUGCAUCCAUGGGGUACAAAUUGAGGAAAACAAGUCAACCAUUGACUCGCCUUCGGCCACCAUGAAGAAGAACAUGAACAACACCCACUCCAACAUCCUGCGACUGCUCCGCACGGCUAAGGACAUGACUGCCGUCCCGGGCAUUAAUGGCUCUCCGCACCCGGCCCUGGAGUACAGCCACAGCGGGCGUGAAUCGACUAUCUAUGAUAUCCAAGAGCACCGGCGCAGCUUGGUGGGUCACCCUGCUGACUGCAAGGCAGCGCCUCCUUACCUGCCAGAGGACAACAUGUUCAGUGACUACAUCAGCGAGGUGGAGAGGACUUUUGGCAACUUGCCCCUGAAGGACAGCAACCUGUACCAGGACCAUUACCUGCACCACCACCCGGCCUCGGCUCUGGGUAUGUCCGGCCCCGCGCCUAACAGGCCGCGUAGCUUAGGCAGCACUAGCUCGUUGGAAGGUGGCAUGUUUGAUUGCGACAGUUUAGGGGGAGGGGUAGCGCCCAUCUUCACCACCCAGCCCCGCCCCUCCAUGACUCACAGGAAUACCAAUAAAUUCGACCUGAUUGCCGGCCACGCUCCUGCGGACUCCAACCAGGGUGGGUUCAAGGGAAACAAUGUGUACGGGAGGUUUUCUUUCAAAGGAGGCGCAUCCAGCACGGGGCUCAUCGGGGGGCAUGACAGGUACUGUGGUGGGGGUGGGGCAGGCUCAGGUGGGGACGAUGGGAACAUUCGCUCAGACGUUUCGGAUAUCUCCACGCACACUGUCACCUACGGCAACCUGGAGGGCAACAACAAGCGGCGUAAGCAGUACAGGGACAGCCUGAAAAAGAGGCCAGCUUCAGCCAAGUGCAGACGGGAGCAGGACGAGAUAGAGCUGAGCGGCCUCAGGAGGAGAGCCCACCACCACACCGUCCACCACCACUUCCCCCACGGGCCUCAGGCACACCGCACGGUCUCACCUCCCCUGGAGCGGAAGAGGGGAGGAGGAGGGGGUAAUUCUUCACCUUUCUUAUUCCGCAAAGAAAAGGAGAACCUGAGGGAUUUCUAUGCGGACCAGUUUCGCUCCAAGGAGGGCAAGGCCAAGUGGGAGCACGAGGGUGGAAGUGGAGGAAGCGGUGUGGGCGGUGGUAGUGGUGGUGGUAUCUGUAAGAGCUUGGUACCUGUAGAAGACUUCCUCAAAGGUAAAGGCAAGAAGCCUGAGUGUAAAGUUGGGCUUGGCACAGUGUCGGCAGGGCAGCAGGCCCACACCUGCUGGGAGAAGGGGGUCUCUGGGCUAGGAGGGGGGGGCAUAGCAGGGGGAGACUGGGAGUGUCGGAAUAGCCACAAUGUGUGUCACCACGGAGGGGGUGGCGCUUGCCCAGCUAAUGGGGUUGGGGGGAGCAGCAGUCGCCCCAGCUCCGCUAGCUGCAAACGCUGUGACUCCUGUAAGAUCCCGCCGGGAAACCUUUACAACAUCAGCGAGGAUAACAACAUGGUGUUUGCUGCAGGGAAGAGUAGCGUAGGACUGGCCCAACCUCAAACUCAGGUACAGCGCAGGAAGCUAGGGCCAGGAGGGAAGGUGUUACGGAGGCAGCACUCGUAUGACACAUUUGUGGACCUGCAGAGGGAAGGGGCAGGUCGCAUGGGAGGGGUUGGCGGAGGCAUUGGGGGGCAGUAUGUCCAGCCCCGAAGUGUGAGCUUAAAAGACAAAGAUCGCUCCAUGGAGGGCCCCAGCCCUUAUGCUCACAUGUUUGAGAGGUAUGCAGGGGAAAGGGAGUCCUCCAUGUUUGGAGGUAUAGGCGGGGAUAGGGUGAAGGGAGGCUCCUCCUUCAGCUUGUUCCGCGGAGGCGAAGGGGGGUUGCAUCAGCGGUCGGUGGGGGAGAGAGACCUGAGGGACAGAGAUAGAGCUAUGUCAGGAGGUGGGGGCUGUGGUGGUGGUGGUGGUGGUGGUGGUGGCAGCAGAGGGGCCGGGACUUACUCCUUGUCUAAAUCUCUCUACCCAGAUAAGGUGAACCAGAACCCCUUCAUCCCAACCUUCGACGACGACCAGUGCCUAUUACACGGCGCCAAACCGUACUACAUCAAAAAGCCACAGACGCAGCAACAGCAGCAGCAACUUCUCAACAACAGCCGGGGAGGAGGGGACUUCCGCGGCUCCAUGGGAACGACUUCCUAUUUGCCCGUGUCCGCCACAGCUGGGGUGAUGUCCAAUGUGGCCCCCAGGUUCCCCAACGAUCUGUGUCUGGGCGGGGUGGGGGGCCCCAUGGGGAACCACCAUGGGGCCAACAAGCUAAUGCCUGUGGGCAGGGACACUUUGGGUUUGGGGCCGGGGCACAGACCCUUCAACGGUGCCAGCAAUGGACACGUUUAUGAAAAGCUCUCAAGCAUUGAGUCAGACGUCUGAGGGUGAGGCAGAAAGAGAGGGAGAAGAUGAAGUGGGUGAAGAAAAAAGGGAGAGAAACAUACAGAUGCUGAUGACCUCUCUGUGUGAGGAUGAGGAGACACUAUACUGUGUGUGUUGUUCUCCGAUAAAUGGGAACGAAAUUUGGACGAUGCACAGAGGCCGCUGCAGGCUAAGCUGUGAAGUCCGGUGGGAGAUAAGUCUUUAAUGAGAAGAGAGGAUUCUGGUGCUGCUCCAACGCUCAGAACGUUUGGGAGGGAGGGGGAAAAGUGAAAUCAAAUCUCCAGUCUCUGCUCUCUUCACAUGCUCAUUGUCUUUCCCUCCUUCCUGCAGUUCCUUAACAACAAAACAAACAUUUUGUUUGACAGAAAUACAAUCAUGAAUGAGAAAUCAACACUUCUGUUGAAGUAACAGGGUAAACUAAUAAUAAUUGUAUUGAUAAUGUUGAUAAUAUUAUUGAAUAUUAUUCCAGUGUUUAACGAUGAUCGGUUUGGAUUGUUUUUUCAAUUUUAUUGAUUUAAAUAGUUCAUGUUACAUAUUUGUAUGAUGUUAAUUCUUUCUUAGCUUACCAAUGUUACAGGAGACUGGUAGACUUUUUUUGGGUUCCUGUAAUUUUGACUCUUCUUUGCUAUUUAUUCUUCAUGUUUGAUUUUCUUUUUUACUUUUCUUACUCUUGAGUGCUGUGAAGUGUAUGUGAAAGGCAUGACUUGCUGAGUACAUUCUAUGUACUUAUACAUUUGCAAAGAGGGUCUUUUUUUCAGCUACAGAAGCAACAUCAUCAUACUGAUUUGCCGUUUCCUCUCCUUUUUCUGCUCGGCAGUACCAAAUGGGUCUCACAUUUUGAGCUGGACGUGCCUUAAAGGAUAACUACUGAUUUUGUACACACAAGGUCUGUUCUGUUGGUAGACAGAUCCACCUGCAAACAAUUAGUCAACUUUAUUUAAGUGUGAAAAUACACCUGAACAAGUCUGAUGAGGGUUUCAUAAGCAUAACAGACCUUUAGGCAUUUGACAGAUGUUAUAAAGCAGAAUUUGCCGCCGUAGAGGAAGCUGAAAUCCCUACAUAUAUCCCAAACAAUAGCAGGAUUAUAAGGGUUAAAACCACAGUGCCAUAAUAAACAAAACAUUCCUGUCUUUCCCAAAAGUCAGCUACAACAGAGCCGUGCCGCUGUAUGAGAAAAUAUAGAAAUAAAAUACGGGAGCUUCUUUUUUGUAAUAUCUCCACCAUUCAACUAACUGCAAGUCCUUGAAUUACAAAGAAGUUCAACUAGCUUCAUCACUCCUCACCUACUCAAACCCCUCAGUUCACAAUGGAUGACCCAGGAUCCAACUGUCCAUUAAAAACAUGUAAAUCACAUUUAAUAUCCUCUUGUUGCUCUCAUCACGUUUCACUGGGUCCAACUCAAUUGGCUGUGACAGUUUGCUGCUCAGGACAGGCACAUAAUGGACUCAGUGAGGCUUCUGUUGCUGCGAUGAGCUGCAGUAAUGUUAAUUAUUUCACGAUUACAGCUGUAAGCCCUGCCUGCUGUAUUAAAUGGUCACAUUUGAAUAAUGAGGGGAGAACAUUCUCAGUUUGCUGGUAUAAAAUACCACAGGAAACUGUAGUACCUCGUCCCAAAUGAUCUCUUGAUUUAUUCUUGCAAUUGCUCAUAAAUAAGUAGUUCCACAUUGAAAAUGUUUUUUUUGUUGGUACAUGCAGCUAUGCUCCCGUUGAUGCUACUAGUGCUUCCCUGUUAAUUGAAGGAAUCAUUUGAAAUGUUGGGGAAUGGGCUGAUUUGCUUUCUUGCCCAGCUUUUAAUGAGAAAAGCAAAACCACUCUCUUAUAAUACAACAGCCAGCAGUCAGUGAGCUUAGCUUAGCAUAAGGACUGGAAACUGAGGGAAACAGCUAGCCUGGCUCUGUCCCACAAAACAGCUACCAUCACCUUAAAGGUUAUUAUUAAAUGUCCAGUGUUUAGGUUUUGGUGGCAACUAGCAGAUAAAGAGCUUCGGAGAACCACAGUGGCCUUCAGGUAAUAUAAAAAGGCCCUCUCCAGAGCCUGGGUUUAGUUUGUCCAUUUUGAGCUUUUGUUGAAACAUGGCAGACGCAGAUCAGCUACCAAGAUAUGAAGGGCUCAUUAAAAGGUAACGAAAACACAAGUAUUCUUAGAUUCAGGUCAUCAUACACUAAUUAAACGUAGUUAUUAACAUUAUAUAUUACAUAUCUGUCUGGUCUUUUAACUGUAUUUUCAGAUGACAUGUUGGAGGCUAUGGGACUUUCUCAGUUACCGGUAAAGGAAUAGUCCACAAAACCACAACUUGUUUGAUAUUUUUGUAUUAGUGAUUUGCAGAUUAAAAAUAGGAGAUAUAAAGUGCUAGCGUAUGAUUUGGAAAGUGAUGAGUUCCCUCUCUUUCCAGUCUUUGUACUAAACUAAGCUAACAGGCCUCUGGUCCUAGAUUAUUAUUUAAAAAACAGAUAUUUGAUGAUUUGUUAUCGACCUCCGCUAUCUCAACAAAGAAAUACACUGUAUUAACUAUUUCUCACAUUUCGACAAGAUAACCUGGAUAAUAUAAGUCUUUCAUCAUAUUAUAAGUCUUUCAUCAUAUUAUCCCUUUCAUCAUUUCUCCCAGCGUGUAGCUGAAACUCACAUUCAACAGAACAUAAAGAAUAAUUUCACAAUGUUCUGUAACCCUGAUUUCUCCCCCCGCCGGACCAUAAUCUGUUUCACAUGCUGAGAUUUUAAUGAAGGAAAUAAUUUGCCCUCAAGUCCUCCGAGAUCCUGUGUGAAUUGUGUCAGAUGCAGAUGGCAGGAGGAAAAAAAGAAAUAGGAAGGCAGCAGAAAGUAAAGCAGGUGGCACAUUUAGUAAAAAAGCAUCACCUUUCUCACUGAUGUUGUUUCAUGAUCAAAAGGCGGCUCUCAAAUUCACAACAUCAGACACCAAGGUCAUCUCUGCUUUAAAACUACCAAAUAGUUGGAUUUGGUUUAAGCCUUUCUCCACCAUUUAAUAUUAUCAAUCAAAAUUUGAAAACAUCUAUUAUCCGCUCCCAGUUAUUUAUUAUCAGAUAAACCAGUCAUUUAGUCACUCUGCCAAACCAAAUUUAGAAACCUAAGCACAAUCUGACUGGAUUUAUUUAGUUUGUUGUACAUCCCAGUCUAAACUUUAGAAGACUUUCCUUCUUUAGGUUGACAAGUCAGUAUGUAUGAUACUAGGGGGUCUCUAGUGUUUGUGAGGACUUGCAUGUAUACACUUUUCUUUAUUUCUGUUUUUAAUCUUAACUUUUAGCCCAGGAAAAUGGGUGUUUUUGAACAAUAUUUGGAAUUUUUAUCAAUUUCAUUGGUACUGAUGAUCCAUGUAGUACUGUAGGUGUGUGUGUGUGUGCGCGUGUGUGUGUGCAAGAUAAGACACCAAUCUCAACAGUCAAGGUUUUUGGUUAUACUUUAAUUAAAAUGGCUAAAUUAAGUUAAGAUUACACUAGAAUAGCAAAGAUAUCUAUAAAUCUUCUACAAAGAUCAGUUUUCAUGCUAGUUUGUGUAAAUGCUUUUAAACAAGGUUGAGGUCUUGAUUAAUUCAUCGUCACUGAAGAAGCCUUUUCAUCAAUUCAACUACUUUCCUGGUUUUUUCCUUUGAAUAUCAUCAUUUCCGUUGUUGUAUGUGCCUGAAUACAUACGCUUAAUUACCUCUGUGUGUGCUCAUAUGGGAGAGAGACAGAGUGUGUGUGAGAGAUUACUGUUAAUUGUACAUGUAUUAUAAAACUGUAUGUAAAUACUUUACCUCACGCUCAUGGACUUUUGAUAAAAACUGUACAAAAAUGGCAAUGAAUAGAUCUAUUUGGGAUAAAUCUUUGAUUCGUUGGUCCCCUCGCAAAACUGCUUUUGUAAUGACUUCAGGCCAGGAUAUGUGCAAUCGUUUAUUGUGCACAUUAAACGCGUCAUGGUUUGUUAAUGUGAUUUUUUUUUCUGGUUUGGUUCGGUCAAAGGCCAGCUAAGAAGGAUGUUUUCUCAACGCACCAUUACUAAGUGUCCCACAGAAAGCACAAUAGAAAAUGUAUCGCAUUUUUGCCGAGGUGUUCUCUUUUCUUUCCUCUUUGGCUAAUCUUCUGAUUUUGUGUUUCUGUGCCACAGAAGAAUCGAACAACUCCACCCCUGAACUGUACAGAUUGUGAAAAUGUACAUAGGACAAAAAUCUAGUUCCAACUCGCAUUUUUUGUAUGGAGAGAAAUUACUUGUGUGAAGAGAGUAUUUCAAAUUUGAUUGAAUAUUUAGUAAUAUUGAAAAUGAGAUUAAACGCAGUCAAUGUGAAAAUAAGUGCUGAGAAAUAUUAUUCUUCUGUCUCUUUGGA